UAAUCUAUGUAAAGGACGUUAAAAAAAUAGUGAAGGCCAAUAUACCGGAAUAUUCCGGAAUAUGGUAUUUCGACUUUGAUAGGAUUGAAUGAAUAUACUGAAUUAACUCUGCCAGGGAUGUUCUAGUAUAGUCAGCCUAAAUGCUGAACUUCCCUGAGUCAAGAGUUUACACAAACCGUCUUUGUCUAUACCAUCUACACACCCCUUUGCUAUAAAUAGUAAAUACUUCCCGACAGAAGAAAAUGAAAUGACCCUGACAGACAAGGUCUCCGUCGGUACGCCGCCCGGAACUUGUUUAUAAUUUCGCGAAAGUGAUGGCAAAAAAUGAAUAAAAUGGAUAGCUAUUUUUCAAUACCGAAGUCAAUGGUAACAACACGUAAUGCCUCGUCGCUUGGAGAACCGAUAGACUAUGGAGUAUGUCGGGAAAUGUUGCGAAAAUCCAUUGGCAACACUUGUAUCACAUAUUGGAACCUGGCAUUACUGACACCAAACAUGCUCUUUCUGAUAUUCCUGGCAUAUCAUAUUGGUUUAUUCUAUAAAGCAUUUCAACAACGUAGCUUUCCAGUUGUCAAAACAUUGCUUAUACUGGUAUCACUUGUAUGUUGUGUGAGUAUAAUUCGAGGGUUUGUUGCUACCAUUACCAAAGCGCACAGGCCAGAUGGGAAUCUAGCUAAUGAGAGCCUAUGGUUGUUCUUACGGUUCCUUGUUCUUGCAGUGGAGAUAAGUGUCAUUGGCUUUGGACUUUUUGGUAGUGGCAGAAAUAAAGGUGUUGGAAAGAGAGUUAUAUCCCUUUCAUUUUUUUUGGCACUUGUUUAUGCAACAAUACAGUCUUUGUUAGAAGUCUAUGCACCAAAUAGAGCAAAAAUUUUCAAGAAUAAAUACGAUAUGUUUCAUCAUGGUGGAAUGUUAUUCUGGUUUAUCACAUCAUGCAUAUUCUUUGUAAUUUAUAGCUCAAUUGUAAUUCUUCCUCAAACAAACUGUUUAUGUGGUCGAGGUUUUUUAUCAUUACCAUCAAACAGAGCAUUUUAUCGUUAUGCUGCUGUACUGUGUGUAGUUAAUCUGUCAGAAGCUGUUGGUAGCAUAUUGGUGUACUACCGCAAGACUUAUGGCUUAUGCGUUUUGAAUGUUGCUGUUCUACUGUUUUAUUCUCUUUUUGCACAGUUCAUUUAUUUCACUUUUUUACACAAGAGUUUUAGGCUUCUGAAGAAAGCAAAUCUUCACAUUCAAGCGGGAAUAGCAAAUUACACUGUCGCUUCAAGCGAAGCUUCGUCUAGCUCAGCAGAGAAUGACAAUAGCAGCCUGGUAAUUUAAAAUACUUUCAUCGUUGAUUACCAGCA